UGUUUUAGACAGGCAUCUGUACGAACGACACGAGGCAUUACGAAGGGGUCCAUCGGGCGUCCCCGUUGCAUAGAAACGACACCCGUCUGAGACAUCAUGGACCAUCCACAAACUUUCGAUAAGUGUUCAGAAUGCAAUAAUCCGUAUCAAAGUAACAGACAGUUAAAAGAGGGAUAAUGGCUGGUGACGAUGGCAGCAUCCCCGAGUUGGACCAACAGAAGUACGACGCAGACGAACAAGUGAAGAUCAUCUGUCUGGGAGACAGUGCAGUGGGUAAAUCCAAGCUGAUGGAGAGGUUUCUCUUGGACGAAUACCGUCCUCAGCAGCUGUCGACCUAUGCGUUGACUCUGUAUAAGCACACAGCUGCUGUAGGAAACAAGACAGUCUUAGUUGAUUUCUGGGACACGGCUGGUCAGGAGAGAUUCCAGAGCAUGCAUCCCUCGUACUACUACAAAGCACAUGCAUGCAUUAUGGUUUUUGAUGUUCAACGGAAGAUCACAUACAAGAAUCUGGCCACCUGGUAUAAGGAGCUCAGAGAGUUCAGACCAGAAAUACCAUGCUGUGUGGUUGCCAACAAAAUUGAUGCUGAUUUGAAGGUGACACAGAGAAGCUUUAAUUUUGGGAAGAAGCAGGGACUUCCUUUUUACUUUGUAUCAGCAGCUGAUGGCACUAAUGUAGUUAAGAUGUUCAGAGAGAUGAUUAAGAGAGCAGUGGAGUACAAGCAGAAUCCAGGCGACUUCAUGGAUGAAGUGAUGCAAGAAUUAGAGAACUUUGACCUGGAUAAAAAAGAAGAAAACUCAGAAGCAGAUGAUGACGGGUUGAAAGUAGAGAGUCCAGAGUUGGACUAAUAAAUGUUUACAGAUCCUCCAACAAAUGUGUCAUCUCAUGGAUCAUUUAUUCUCCUCUGGGGCUGAUGCUGUGAAAAAUGUAUUCUUUAGUCAAUGUAAAAGAUCUCUGAUGCCCUGUGAACAUUAUCUUUCUUAAUUAAGUCUUACCACUGGAGGUCAGCAGACUUAUUUAUCAGGUUCAAAGUCACUGUCCUCCCUCGCUCCAGUGAAUUUUGCAGGGACAUCAACCUGGUGAAAUAAGAAGAAACUUUGUUAUUUCUCCAGUCUAUUUGUAAUAAGCAUCAACGUUUUUACUGUGUUUAACAGAAUCUACUAUAAUAGUAGCAGGAAAUCAUAUAAGACAGAAUGUUUGUAUAUUUUGUGUCAUGUAAUAAGAAUGUGAAUCUUUGAAAAGCAGCCGACAUAGAGCAAAGAAAACGUGAUGUAAACUGUUGGUGCUGCUGUUCUUCAUGUUUGUGUCUAGCCCCAUCUGUUAGCUUUAUGUGUUGCAUUAAUUUUAUGACUGAAGUCUGUUUUCAGCAUUGUUAAUAUAAACUGAAUGUCCUUUUUAAGCGAACAGCUAUUUUCUUCUUUCUUUGCUGUGAUCCUGCCGUGGGCACAGAAGCAAGGUCAAUGUUAGAUUAUUUAAGGAGUUAGCUGUACCGCGUGUUUGAGCAAAUAUCAGCUUUACUGAACUCUUGUGAAACACUCAGCCAGCUGUGUCCUCCAUGAUGGAGUAGCAAUAGUGUUGAAUGAAGAGCUGUAAACCAAUUUUCUAGCCCAGUUAUUUGUAUAUGAUCUUUAUGUUGUACACCGAAAUGAUGUAUGGAUGUUUUCUAUUUAUAUUUGACUGUAUUAUGUUGUAUUCACUCACAAUAAAUCUUACUGGAAAAUA